ACGAGCAAAGCAGCGUGUAUGACCAGUCGAUAGCUGUCAUGGUUUACUGCGCCGUUGUAGGCUGCAAAAGCCGUACGUACACCAAAGCCGAGAAAGAGAAGGCUAAGCAGAACAGUCAGAACCUCAGCAACUUUCGGUUUUUCAAGAUUCCAAAGGUGCGGGUUCAUGAAUGCGGCAAGACGAGGCAGCUGUCGCAACGCCGGCAGCGCGAGUGGAUCGCCCGCCUCAACAGGAAGGGUGUCGCCGAUAAUCCGCAGAAGUACAAAGUGUGUUGCCGACACUUUUUAUCAGGGCCACAGUCUCCAGUGGGUGCUGCUGGCUCUGCAAGGGCUUUUCGGCUCACGAGCUGCACUGGCAUCGGCACCUAAUCGUCGUUUUUUCAUCGUCGACGACGCGAAAUCCAUUUCAGCGAUACUAGGCCUCACAUCCAAUUUCCUGAUGUGCGUCGGCAGCCACGAGUUGGCGCUGUCCGUGCACGAACGCUCCUGUCGCACGCGCACGCCGUACUCUACGUAAAAAAGCAGUGCCGCGACAUGGGAGCACGCAUCGCCGUUCCCGGCCAUGCACGUACAGUGCGCGGCAACGACUUCACCGUCGCACUUGCACAGGGCCCAUGAAUC